AGCACUACGUGCAUUUGUUGUUGGUAGACAGUAUGCUAGGGGUUGUCAACAAUGCGCCUUUAAUGCCGUCUGACAACGUAAUCAACUUGUUCUGUUACUGGCAUCAAUACACGUGCCUUAAACGGACAACAGAUUCUCACAUCAAUUGGGUCCCCUUGUAGCCGAGAUGGCGACCCCAAGUCCCACUGCGCCGCUGAGGGAGUUCUGUCCCCUCUACUACCUGCUCAACGCCAUCCCUGCCAAAGUCCAGAAGGGGUUUCGCUCAGUGCUGGUCUACCUGACGGCCCUGGACAGCAACAGUGAUUACAUUGCAGUGGGCACCAGCAUCAGUGUGCUCUACCUGUACGGCAGACGGGUCAGCCAAAUGAACAAAUACAGUCUCGAGGGCAAGUCUGAGGUAAUUACUGCGGUAAAGCUUCUAAGUUGCUUUGAUGAUCUGGUGGCAGUCGGAACAGCUUCGGGCCGCGUCACCCUCUUUCAACUGGUCUCUCAGCUGCCUGGCAGGAACAAGCAGCUCAGGCGCUUCGAUGUGGUUGGCCUCCACAAGAGCACGGUUACGUCGCUUGCCUGGAGUGCCAACGGUAUGAAGCUGUUCUCUGGGGAUGACAAGGGCAAAGUGGUGUUCUCCGCCAUCGACCUGGAUCAGGGCGUGUGUAAUCCAGUGCUGUUGCUUGAGGAGCCUUCGGCCAUCGUGCAGCUGGACUACAGCCAGCGGGUGCUGCUGGUCUCCACCUACCACCGCUCUCUGCUCUUCUACACCCAGGACCAGACCAAGCAGCAGCUGGGCACCAAGCCACGCAAGAGUAACGGCAAGUUCGGGGCCUGCUUCCAGCCAGCGCUGUGCAAGCAGAGCGAUCUGCUGGUGUACGCGGCGAGGCCCGGCCUGCGUCUGUGGCGCACCGACGUGAGGGGCCGCGUGGAGGACACGCACGUGCUGCGGCCCCUCUUCAACCAGGAGGUGCCCCAGUUCCAGCUCUUCCCGCGCCCGGGCCCCACGGGCGGCUACCGGCCCCCCGACCGGCAGCUGGGCCUGGUCACUUGCUUCCUGAAGGAGGGCUGGGUGCUCAGCUGGAACGAGUACAGCGUCUACAUCCUAGACUGCACUAACCAGGUGAUCAUCGGUGGCCUGGAGAGCUGUGGGGACAUUGUGUCCGUGUCCUGCACGGAGAACGAGAUCUUCAUCCUGAAGGGGGAUCGGGACAUCGUCCGCAUCUCUAACUGUCCCGAGGGUCUGUCUUCCAACCUGUCAGAUCUCUCCAUGCGCCUCACUUCCCCGCCUGCUGCCACGUCCACUCCCUCCCUCCUGCUGCCCCCCAAUGGGGCGGUGGAGAUGGCCCAGCCCAUUCGCACCAUGGCCAUCAUCGUGGAGCCCGAGGAGGAGGACGGGGAGGGCAGAUCCAGAAGUUCCCAUGCCGCUGACGAUAGCGAAGGGGUGGAGCAGGUGGAGGAAGCCCAGGAGGACGUCACUUUGGCGGGGGGCACAGCGGACGCGGACGGGCAGUCGCGGUUCCCCGUCGGGGAGCGCCUGGAGAUGGCCGAGCUGCUGGCCCUGAAGAUGGCCGGCGAGACGCGCAGUCGCAGCAGCUCGGUGACGUCCUGGGACAGCCUGACCUCCGACCUCUCCAGCAGCCGCUACAGCACGCUCACGCCCGAGGAGCUGCAGCAGGAGCUGGUGGUGAAGGCCAUCCGCGUCAAGAAGAGGGGCAAGAGGAGACGGCAAGAGAGCGGCAGCCGCGGCAAUCGCAUGCUGGAGCGCAGCAGCUGGUCGGAGAGCAUGUUCGUGAGCGGGGAGGAGGGCUCCGUCUGCACCCCCCUCAGCGAGCCCCCGCCAGACCUCGCCACCGGCCUCCUCUACCAGGGGACCCCCAGCAGCACCACCCUACCCACCUCCGCUGACUCCAAUCUCACCUCGGACCCUUUGUCACAGGCCACCGACAACGACAACGAUGCCCCCGCUGGCUCGACCCAGGACAUGGAGUGCCAGGCGGGCACAGGUCGCGAUUCGGCAGCUGGACCUGGUAAUGAUGGGGACGGUGAGGAGAAAAGGGAUGAGGAGAAAGCAGAGGAGGGUGCGGAACGCGAGCCCGAGGUGGAGGUGCGGACCCCGGACGUGGACCUGCUGCUGGAGUGCACCUUCUCCUACAUGCAGGCGUCAGAGGAACCCGAGGAGCCCAUGGAGGAGGCCAGCUCCGUGUUUACCGAUCCCACCGUGGUCGCCAACUCUUCAGAACCAACAGAGCCCACGGACACAGCAGCAGCAGCAGACUCACAGCACACAGCAGCGGCAGCAGGGGCGCUCGAUCUGGAGCUCCCCAUCCGGCCGCUGGGGUACUCGCCCUCGCCCGUGCCCUCUCCGUCACCCUCUAGUGACGAGGAGGACAUCUACGGCCACAGCCUGCCUGGCUCGGCCUCCAGCGACAGACUGAGGGACGGCCUGGAUGCGCUGAACUUGCAGGGGACCAAGCAACAAGCACAAGAGGAGGCCAGGCUCCAAAAAGAUCAGCUGGCGGAGAGCUGGAUGGGCUACUCGGGCCCCGGCUGUGGCAUCCUGAGCCUGGUGGUGACGGAGCGCCACGUGUGGUGUCUGGACUUCAAGGGGGGCCUGUACUGCAGCCCGCUGCCCAACGGAGGCCUGGCCUGGCAGAAGUUCGAGGAGAACGUCCAGCAGAUGGCCAUCUCGCCCUCAGGUUCCCUGCUGUGGAAAGUGGAGCAGAAGACCAUGACGGCGUACGCCUGCGGCAAGGUGACCAUCAAGGGCAAGCGGCACUGGUACAAGGCCCUGACGGAGACCGCCUGUGUAGCCCUCAGUGAGGACACGGCCUGGAUCAUACGCACCAACGGGGACCUCUACCUGCAGACUGGGCUAAGUGUGGACCGGCCGUGUGCCCGCUCGGUGAAAGUGGAGUGCCCGUGCCCGCUGUCGCAGCUGUGUGCCAGGGCGGGCGUGGUGUGGGCACUGAGCGAGCAGCGCGGACUCUUCUACAGGGAGGGCCUCAACGCCUACUGCCCCGAGGGAGAGGUCUGGAAAAACGACAAAAUCAGUGAGAACCAGGCGUUGGAGCCCAUGUGCAUAGCGCUGGGGGAGAGCAACACGCUGUGGGCGCUGGACACCAACGGCAGCCUGUGGUUCAGGACCGGCAUCAGCACCAAGCUGCCACAGGGGGAGGACCAGCACUGGUGGCAGGUGAACAUCACGGACUACGUGGUGUUUGACCAGGGCAGCCUGUUCCAGACGCUGAUCCACGCCACUCAGAGCAUCACCACGGCCACGCGGGCACCGGUGGAACGCGUGGCCGAGUGCCUGCGCGUGGCCUUCCUCUCGCAGCACUCGCAGUGCCAGCCCAGUCUCGUCAGCACCAACGCCAGCGGCGUCUGGAUCGCCUCCGGACGCAACGACUUCCACGUGGCCAAGGGCAGCCUCAUAGGCACCUACUGGAGGAGCGUGGUGCCCAGGGGUACAGCAUCUGCCACCAAGUGGGCAUUUGUCUUCUCCUCCGCAGUGCCCUCUAAAGAAGGGAGCUUCCUGUGGCUGGGCCAGAGCCGCAAGGACCUGUUUUGCAUCUGGGACGGCGACCCGCAGCUGCGGCCCUCCACGGUGCAGCUGCCGCCCGACACGGAGAUGGUGCACCUGACGGCCUGCCGUGACGCGCUGUGGGGCCUGGACCAGCACGGCCGCGUCCACAUCCGGCCCCUCAGCGUGUCCUGCCCCAUCGGCAUGCACUGGAUGCUCCUGGACCUCAGCCAGCUCGGUCAUGCCAGGCUGGUGAGUUUGUCGUGUGGGAGCCAGCAUGUGUGGGCGUGUGACAGCAGUGGCAUGGUGUACUUCAGGGUGGGGACGCAGCCUCUCAACCCCAGCAUGAUGCUGCCUGCCUGGAUCUGCAUCGAGCCACCCACCCUGCCAGUGGGGGUGCAGCUGGUGAGGGUCCACACCAACUCCAAUGACCACAUGCUCUGGACGCUGGACAGCCGUGCCAACGUGCACGUCAGGGUGGGCAUCACCGACGAGAUGCCAGUGGGCACUGACUGGGAACACAUUCCAGGUCUGCUGGCCAGUCAGCUGACUGUGAGCAUGAGGACGGUGUGGGCGCGGUGCCCUAACGGUGAGGUGGCCAGGCGCUACGGCAUCACCGACAAGAACCCCGCUGGAGACUACUGGAAGAAGAUCCCCGGCCUGGUCAACUGGCUCACAGUGACUCCGCUGGAUGAGCUGUGGGCGGUCACGUCGUCCGGUGGCCUGAGCCAGCGACUGACCAAGGCCCUGCAGCCCCACAGCCCAAAAGCACACCCCUCCACGGGCUCCGUCAGCACCGACGACCUGGAGGACGAGUGGGAGGUCAUCUAAGGACAGCCACACAAACACACAUACAUACAUGUACAUACAUACAUGUGUAAACGCACCCCCCAAACUUCCCCCGUCAUCCAGGGAGAACUUUUGUUUCGGCUUGUGGCUGAUGUGUGGUGGGCAAGGGCCGGACCGCCUUUCAGAUGAAGGAUUUCAGUUUUAGUUGUUGUUUUACGUGAUUGUGAUGUUUUGUUUUGUUUUUACCUACAUUUGGUGUUGCAAUCAUUUCUCUGUCAGUUUUUUUUUUAUUUCUCUGAAGUUCAGAGGGUGAUUUUAAGUAUUACUGAUUUUUUCUUUUUUUAUGUAUCGCCUUAUCCUUUUGUUGUUCAUGGUACCCCUGUUUGUUUUAACCCACCAGCCCUCAAUGUUGUGUGCCCAAUCAGACAUUGUCUAUGUUGGAGAGUUUUUUAUUUUAAUUUUAAUUUUAUAACUAUUUGAUUGGCUAGCAAGCACUUUACUCGUCUUCAUCCUAACCUGUGUAAAUAGUAGCGUGAAAACAAAGGGAAGGACCAGUCUUUGUGUUGCGAUAAAGUGAUCGCCUCAAGUUUGUAUAUGGACUGUGAGAAAAGAGAGGAUGGAUUGAUGUUAUUUAAUGUGUACAGACAUAUGACCACUUACAUGGUAAUUGUGGCAUUUUCCCCAAACUGGUCUUCAUCUAACUGGUUUUAAUCGUGGAAUAAUUUAUUUCCUCUUCACUAGAAGAUAUUGUUUUAAAAAGGCGUAUUAACUGACUCUGUGAGGUACUGUACCAAGUGUGAAAUGUCAUCACCAUCACAAAUAGAGAGAUGCUAGAUGAGUGGCCAAUGAUGGUGGAUGGUGGAUGGUGUUAAAAUAAUUUCAGUUGCCCAUCGUGGUCUUCUGAGAAAUGUCCCAAGUCGGCACCCGUAGUGUUUAGAUAUGUGUGCAGGCACAAUCUGUGCUGCAGUGGUGCACACAUCGUGACUUGCAUUGUGAUUGGACAGAAACAACAUGUGGCACUGAUACCGUGUCACACAUGUAUAAUAUGCAAAUUAAGUGGGAAACCGAAUCACUGAAAGGCCAAAGUAGCUGUGAAGGUAACCUGUUGGAAAACUGAAGUGUGUACAUAGAAAAAGUAUACUUACAGGACGAUAGUACCUGUACUAGCAUUAUGCGACGAGUGUAAAUGUAGUGCAUACUACUAGUCAUGUUAACUACUGUACAUGAGAACUCAAAAUGGCAUUUCCCUGUCUUUGUAUCUAACUCCAGACACACCAGGGAAGACCUGUAAAGCAUUUUAAUAUGUGGCAUUUUAAAAGAUGGUUACCGUCUGACCUUCGACACGCAUCUGUUUUUAACAUGCUGAAAAGGGAAGAGACGUUAGCGGUCAGAGGUUAUCUGAUCUGUGUGUACUGUAUACCGUUAUGUGUGGUGUGAAGGAUGAUUGUUGUAUCAAACGCUGGACAAUUUGUCUUUUGUUUUGUUUUUAGAUGAUAUGCACUGGCCUUGUAGCAAAUGAAUGACGUUAUGUAUGUAUGUGAAUUUAAAGGACUUCUCCAUGGCAGGGUUGGGGUUUGGGGCUCAUGGGAACGUCCCUCCCUCUUCAUCUACUGUCUAGUCGGCUUUGACUCGUAAGAAAAACGCUGGGGGUCCUCUAGCCUGGCAAGCCAGACUUCUAACAUGAAAUGUAUGGUCUGGGCUCGCACCAUUGGCAGAGUCACCAUCCCAGUGACUCGCCACACAGAGUCGAAACUAGAUGUAGCGUUGUAAAUUAGAGGACCGAGCCAGGUCAGCUACAGAUUUUAUCCCCUGUGGUGCGAGGCUAGAUCAACCCUCCAUGCAAAAAAGAACCUAUUCUGCUGAUAGGGGCUGGUCUUGUUUACUAUGCUAUGGGCCCCCCAGAGUCUUCUCUACUACACAGCCGACUGCUUUCUGCUGCUACUGUACGAAAUAGCCCGUGAUCAAUGGACUGCAUGAUGAUGGCACAUUUGUGUAACUGUGACAAAAAAAAGAACCAGGCUGGGACGGCUUCAUUUGAGCCAAUCCCAGGCCUGUUUCGGCUUCUUGCUUUCACCAUUUCCCCAUGCUGAUUAAGCCUGAAACUAGUGGCAAGCGGGUGAUGCCGAGGGCAACUUUUUUGUGCAGUGUUGUUGCUGGGCGACAACAUGAUUGGAUCUUCAUUUUCUGAUAGAGCGAUUAACAAAACGUUUUUUGUGCAUUUCUCAUCCAAGUUCUCUUGAUAAAAGUGAGUGACAGUCCAAGUGGAAUCUUAACGAUAUCAUUACCCAGAAACAUUGCUGAAAGAGUUGCCCUGUGUAGCAUUAUCGUCAGGCACUGCUUUGGGGUUGGGGAUCUCCUGAAAGCUUUGGGCCAGGGUGCGGGUGAAGUGUUUCAUCGCAAGGGCCUCUUACUUUCAAUGCCAAUUGGCAACAGGUUUACGGGGGUGGUGGUGCCAAGGCAACAGUGUGUCGCGUUACACACUGGAUUGUACAUCUCAUGUUAGGUCUCCUGAAGGAACUCGUUGCUUGGCAACUUGACCUCUCACUACCACAAUGCAUUCUCUCUACGAAGCUGCCAAUCACACGUCUUAAGUGUUCAUGAACGGAAUUUGUCACCUGGCAACUUUUCAAUCGUGCAAUACAAACUUUUUUUGUCACCACUUUAGUAGUUUGUUUGAGACUAGAUUGAUUAGUGGAUGGAUGUGUCAACAUAGGCUGUGACGAGAGUAGAUUGUUUCAGGGCCCAUCUCACAUGUACAGUAGAUACUCAAUAUCUCUGUUAAAAGAAAAAAAUGGUUUCUAUUUGCUUCCUGGUUUAAAGGGAAAUGCUGAUAUACUCAUUUGUAAUUUCAUUAAACAUUUGAUGGCCUGCUCUUCACAGUCAGAGACGGGCUGGGAGUGUUUUAUAGAGACUGAGUGUCUCCAUAGAUCACAGCUGUUGGCAAGUCUUGCCAAUGGCUUGUCAGUAUUGAUUUUUUCCCCUCCUUUACUUUUUUAUCUGUUAUUUCAAAUCAUGAUGAACACUCAGGACCAAACUGACCUUUAACCUGAAACUGCUGUCUGCAUUUUUGGUGGACAGAUUUCCAAUAAGAUUGCUGGUCCUGAUUGUGUCAGGGUGACCAUUGUCAGCAAUUUACAGGUUUUGAGAUUAGGUUUGGCUUGGUAGGCUACAGAUUUUUCUUUCUAACCGAACCUUGACUUCAUUACUCAGUCUGGAAUCUAGACCACCUAAAAAGAUCUACGAAUGACUGAUGCUGUAUUUGUGGCUUAACACAUUUUCACAUUUUUUUCUGUCUUGUUCUUUGGCAGUCUUGUUUCACUAAAAUAAACCAGUGGCCCAGUUUUAGGAGACCCUCCACCCCCACCCUCAGACAACCCCCUGUCUGUUACAUCACACGUAUCAGACCUUCAACACGUAUCAGGACCCCCCGCCCCCGCGUCAAAAACUAGCUUAACACAGUAACAUUAAUUAUAACCAGUGUUCAGUGUGUGACAUUCUAUGGCUGGCACUAUGUCAGAUACUGCAGCUACCAGAACGAGUUAUUACAAGACCGUUACGAUAACUUCCUGCCUCCGCGUCUGUCCUUUAUCCAUGCUUCACAAACUCCACAAAUAAAGAUGUUUACAAUAAUGA